GUCAGUGCGUCCGCCGCCCACUGCUGAGCGUCUCUCUGCCUACAUGCACGGAGUCAGGGUGCAGACAAGGAGCAGAACCGCGUGUGGGAUUUAUUAUUCGGAGUGAGUUAACACCUGGAUUACCAAACCAUUUUUAUUUUUCUUAUUUUUUUUUGUCGGGUUUUUUGUUGUUGAAUUUUUCCGACUUCUGGGCUUGAGAAACAACCUGCCGUCAUGUCUCGGGCUCCAGAUGAUGUUAGCAAGCUUACUGAAAGUACAUACAAGAAUGUGAUGGAGCAGUUCAACCCAGGCCUGAGGAACCUGGUCAACCUUGGGAAGAGCUAUGAGAAAUCAGUCACGGCGAUGACUCUUGCUGGGAAGGCCUAUUUUGAAGCGGUCUCAAAGGUCGGAGAGAAUGCGAUCGUGUCUCCUGUCUCCAGAGAGCUUGGUGUGGUUUUGAUGGAGAUCUCAGAGGCCCACAGGAAGGUCUACAAUGAACUGGAAGAGAAUUUCAAGAGGUUCCACACAGAGAUUAUUAUCGAGCUGGAGAAGAAGACGGAGAUGGAUGUUAAAUACAUGAAUGCCACCUUCAAGCGCUAUCAGUCAGAGCACAAGCUGAAGCAGGACUCCCUGGAGCGCUCUCAGACAGACCUGAAGAAGCUCAGGAGGAAAAGCCAGGGAAAGCACUCAUCCAAGUAUGAGAUCAAAGAGAACGAGUAUUUGGAGACCAUCUCGUCGCGCCAGGUGGACAUGCAGAAGUUCAUCGCUGAUGGCUGCAAAGAGGCCUUACUGGAAGAAAAGAGACGCUUCUGUUUCCUGGCGGACAAACACUGCAUGUUCUCCUAUCAAACUAGCAACUUCCAUGAGAAGGCCAAAGAGAUGCUGGCCGUGAAGCUCCCCAGCUGGCAGGAAAAGUGCAACGACAUCACCAAGGUGCCGGACACAGUGACGACCAUGAUAGAGGAGCUGACCACCACUCCAAAACAAUCGCCGCUGGUUGAACGCUACAACAGGAACAACGUGGAGUCAGGGGCGCCUCCUCCAGCACCGCCACUGAAAGCACAGACCAGUCCGCUAGCCAACAUGUUUGACCCAGAGCCCAGGUUUUCACUACCCCCCACUUCAGACCACAACUCAGACCAGGACAGUCUUGGAGAGGUCAGUCUGUCCAAGUCGACAUCCCAGUCGUCCGGUCUCAACGUGGGCAGGAAGCCUCGAGUUAGAACCAUCUUUCCCCACACGGCGGGCAACAACCACACAUUGCUUAGCUUCGACGACGGCGACAUCAUCACGCUGCUUAUCCAAGAAGAGAAGGAUGGCUGGCUGUACGGAGAGCUGGAGAAGACACAGCAGCGGGGCUGGUUUCCCUCAUCUUACUGCAGACCUUAUACUGAGCCAAUGAUAUCAAAUAGCAGCAAUCUUGGCACACCGGUGCGUAGACUGAGUGUGGCCAGUCUGCCAGAGCAGGAUGAAGAGGAGCCAGUGUUUCUGCCACCACCAGACUAUAGUGACUACGCCCCCUCUAGUCCAGUGGUCCCCUCAACGCCCUCGCCACAGAACACGAAGGUUUCUUUAGUCAAUGGGACUUCAAAGGCUCCCUUUCUAGGAGGAGGGAAUCCGUUUGCAACAGUCAAGCUAAGACCAACGGUCACGAAUGACAGAUCAGCGCCAAUCGUCUGAGAAAGGAGGAGGAUUUGCACCGCCGUCAUGCCUUCAGGGGACUCAUGCAACAUGGGACCCCUGCAACACACAGAAUAUCACCCCAACCUGACAUCUCACCAGCCUGCAUGCUAGUCUCUCUCAUUGCCAGUCUGCUCUGUUAAAGGGAUCCAUUUCCGUUUCUUGGCACAAGUGUGUUUGACUGUGCCAGUGUGUAUUUUAAAUUAGCCACAACAGGGAAGCAUUGCAUAAUCAAUCAGCACAUGGAGAAGCAGGAAUUCUGAAAAGUUUUGUAGUACUAAAGAAAAUAUUUUGUGUUGAAGUUAUAAUUCACCCCAAAAUGACAAUUUAAACUCACUGAAAGUUGUAAUCAAAUUGACUAAGACAUUACGUUUCCUGUUGCUGCUUCACAAUAAAAGCCACCCCGUGUUGCAGUUGAAAUCUUUUAAUGUAAAGUCGUGGCAGUUUGCACUUGUUUUAACCUAAAAAGCUCUGAUAUCAAUGAGAUACAAUUGCACUGGGUACAUGCAUGUAUCGUUUCCUGUAAAUCCCUGGUGCAUAGGAAGGCAAUAGGUAUAAAGCACAGCAAUGGCAGACUCCGCCACCACUGAUAAAACCUACUCCAGUAUAUAGACUGAUUGAUUUCAUGAAAAUCUAACAAAGUAUUAUAACUUUAAACUUCAGGACAUAUAAUUAAAACCAGCAAACACUUUUGUCUCAGCCUUCACCUGAAUCUUCAUUUUGGGGUGAAAUGUCAAAUUCAGAUGCAAAAGAGAUGCUCUGACAGUGUCGGGUCUUUUCAGGCUUGUCUGUUCUGCAGUCGGUGCAGUGUUCUAAUACAGAAUCAAGAGAUCCAUGUAAUUGAUAGUGAAGAUGACAAAGAAGACCAGCACUGAGGCUGUCUACCUGACUUGCAAAAAAAAAAAAAGUUUUUAUUAUUAUUCAUUUUGUCUUUCUUUUAUUAAGAGGAAUUAUGAUAUAGAAAGGUUGUGAGAAUGAAGGGAGAGUGAUGUGUUGGGAAAAAAGUUUGUCGCAAAACACUAUGUCACUGUUUA